AUGGUACCGCAGGAUCAUUUCCGUGACGGGGUUGCUCCAGAAGUUACGUUUGUAGAUCUACGGGAUCGGUACGAAUUGUCCCCCACGGCCGCCUUUAAGCCACUACGCGGCGUCAUUCUUAACAAGCUGCAGUCAAUCCGAACGGAACAGACGCAGCACGGCGUGCUGUUCUCUGCUGUGCAUCUUUCCGCACUCUGGAAGAGUAAUUUGGAAUCUCAGAUGCGAGGACUCGAUCCUGCCGUUUUCGAUUACCUCCGCGUAGCGCGAAAUAAUCAUCCGUCCACACUAAGUAGGAAGGCAUGUCUUGUGGACUUCUUGGGACAAGCUCAAAAAACCGGUUGCGAGGCUCAGGAUAUUAGUUCAUUCGUGGCUUCGGCCAUUCUGAUGGACGCCUAUCCACCAGGGGCGCAUUGUGAGUUCGACUCCACCUCGCCCAAUCCAACGCCUACACGUCUCUAG